AGUCGAGGAUGGUAACAAUGCUGACAACUCCGGGGUCCAUGAGUCUGCGAUGGGAACUAUUACCGAAUUGUCGACCUUCAACUCAGUCAGCAGUCAUAAGUAAAGAGUGCAACCUCUCAAAUUGACAUGCAAAGCCGUCAAUACCAGUGGAAGAAUGUCGAUUGACUGGCUUUAGCAUUAUGAUCGAAAUUGCGAGGGAAAUAAGGACCUGGGAAGCAAGGGCGAAUUCCUGCACGAGGGAGACCGACUUGACACAAGAAAGCUCGGCGAAAAUGAAGCCUGGACUAGCACAAUGCGAAUUGAACAAUGUGCUCGGGAAGAAUGGAUCCAGUAAUAUUAGCGAAGCUAGUCAGGCGUCAUCACGUUACUUGGCUCGCUAGAGGUUAGGUGAGAACAUGCUGCAUGUUGAUGAAUUGGUACAUUCAGUAACGGAUGUAAAGCAUCUCAGCUAUGAAGGAAAAGUCAGGAGAAUCCAGAGGGUGAAGGAUGCGGGUGACUUUUGUUGUCAAAAUCAAUAACCAUGGUAACACACUCAUGGAACCAACCAACGGGAGCUGAACAUGGCGGCGUGAAGCAAAGACUAUUUUGCCGUUGACAAUAUAUUACCACCACUCACUGAGUACGGGUUUAGUAAAGUGUUGCUAGGCAACUGUUACUAGGCACUCAACCACCGGAUGAUCAUAUGACAGGUUAGGCAAGUGAGCUAUAAGAGAUGGCAAGCUGUCAAGAUGAGGCAAGACGCCAUCUUCAACACUGGAGGACUUCCCCAGCCGCUUCACCAUCUUUCAACGGGAUCCGUGUAGAGUUCACGCUUAACCUGGGAGCAGGCGAGUAGAUCAUUCAUCUUCUGAACGGCAGACUCUACAAUUAGCCUAUCAUGAAUCCAUUUAUCAUGCAGUUAACGGUACUGUUCGCCUUCAUCCUGCAUCAUCCUUUGUAGUGGUUUUAUUACUCACAGACUAAGCUCAUCACCUGGCAAGAUGGCGAUACGAGGUGAAUGAAGUUUUGUUAUAUCACAUCGGGCAGGGGAUUACCAUGUGACACCAUUUCUUCCAUGUUCAUCACCACUGUGCCUUACAAGACGCCAUAUGAACAAGUACCGCUACCGUUGCCUAAUAGGAUUUAAACUCCGUGACAUAGAAGUUGCUGGUUUGACUCGAUUUGUAAACAGCUGCGUUGAAAGAUGAAGAUCAUUGAAUACCCGGUACGUGCCGCAAAAUGUUAAGGAAACUUAGCCUCUUGCUAACAUCACUUUUCAAGUAACUGAAUCCACUUCAUGAAUCCUAUAUCUCCGAUUUAUAAAUGCUUACUAAAUCAAACAUUGCAGCCAAAAUAUUUCAAAGGAGUUUCGGCGCUUUUUAAGAGCCAAGAGCACGUACGAGCACUCCAGUAUUGCUUGGUUGUUGUCGAUAUUUCUGCUGCCGAGAAUAAACCUCGAACAAUGGCCUCGAUAUCCCACGACUAAUAAAGGUCAACCUUUAGUCGCGUAAUAUUCCACCUCAGUGGAACAGCAACAAAAAAAGACAGGACCUAUACUGGAGCCUGUGCAUUGACAAUUAUUGACGGACCUUAUUCCAAUAUAACGAUGAUAACAAAAACACAAAAGACUUGGAUUUCGAGUCAAACACGGUUGAAAUGAUUCGACAAGUUUCUCAUAAUUCUGAACCGUCGGCGAUCUCAGUUGGUGGUUAACCGAAAUGUUGCCUUUACGACUGUGGUCUGUCGUUGUAGUUGUAAUGGUGAUGUUUAUACGGUCUGUUGGAUAACUGGGUGUAGUUUACAAUUGCGCAAUGAUCAACUACGUUGUUGCGCUUUACCUUUUGAAGUGACGGUUGACAAUCUAUGUUAAACAUCCGUGAACUUGGAUGAGGCAGCAUUGGAUGUAUGAUGCAUUGUAUGCAUCUUUCCUUCAGGACAUUGACGGUUUGACUAGGUGCCGUUCUAAUCUACCUCAGGAUAGUUAAACUGUACGUCCACCACAAUGUCGGAUCAUUGCAGUCACCUCGGCGAAUCUCAAAAGGUGAGAGACGCGGAGAUGUCACCUCCUGGGAGUAUCGUCUUAGAGCUUGGCAUCGAGAACCAACUAGACUGUGUCAUCCGCUCUAUACAAGCCUCUAAACCACGUGGUAUGAACAUCCGGCUAGAACCAUUAACUGAAUGCUGGGAACAGACAGGGAGUUCAAGAAAUGUCUUCAAGAGGAGACCUAGAUUUGGAGGGACAAGCAUCAAGAAGGGACGGACAUCGAAACCGGGUGUCUGUAGCACCUGCCGUGCUCCGUGUACAAAAUGUACAGCAGCAAGGGACAAUGCACAAAGGCACAGAGAACAGCCCGUCGCUGACAAACGGUAUCUAUCCUGUGCAUACAUUGAUCUUCCGUCUCUUGAAACCUAUAGAAUUGACAUUGAGAUUCCAACAAGUAAUGCUGAACAGAGUAGAACAUUAUCUGACGAUGACUCAACGUUUACAAUGGAGGAUCAUAAAUUCACAUCAGACGCAUCAACACAGACAGAUGGCUUGCCUGAACGAAUUUCAAGCAUAGGUAUUGACCACGAUGUUACUUCUCCGGUAGAAAUCACGUUGCAGAUUGACAAAGAAAUUGACCACCACACAGGGAGUUCUUCCGGGUCAAGUAGCUCAGAUGAUGAUGAAGCACAAAACACAGGUGACUUUGACGGAAGAAGCCAUGGGGAGGACAGAAGGGGAAGCAACAGCUCGAUCGAUAGUGAGGGCGGGGAAAGACCCCAGUCACCCACCAUCACGGCACUCGAUCAAGACAACACUGUGGUGGACCAGGACAAAGAGCAACCUCCAGACUUGUUUGAAGACGACGAUUUACUCCUGAGCAGUCUGCCAACAUCUGACAUGAUUGGAGAAGCGGAGCCAAAUUUGUUUGAGAUGACGCAAGAAGAGGAAGAUCAUCUGAUGAGGAUGAAAGUUGUCUUUGGUGAAUCGUCGAUGAAACCUCCCGAGGGACCACGAGCAGUUUCUAUGAUACACGACGAAUCCAUCUACGACCUCAAUGAGGUGAUUACUGUAGCAUCGUCUCAAGACGACAAUCUGAACGCAGAGCAAAAAGUGGAGGCUGAUAGGGAAGGUGACCAGGGUGAAGAUCCACACCCUGAUUUUCAGCUUAGCGACAGCUUGGACAUCACACCAGAGGAAUUUGAACAGUUUUUGGCUAUGAAUGCCGCCUUUGGAAGCCCUGCUGUCAUUCCACCUCCUAAGUGUUUAUCCAAGGAAACUCGUUCCUCACCAGCGGGCCCAAUUCAACAAGAAUCCAUAGGCCUACACCAGAGUGACAACAAAGCGCGCAGCUUAGAACCUUCUCAAGCCAUAAUCAACUUGACUGAUAGCUUGGAUCUAACUCAGGAGGAAUACGAGCAGUUUGUGGCAAUGAGUGCAGCUUUCGGCGGCCCAUCUGUAAUCCCACGUCCACGGAUGGCUUCAAUCCAAAAUGAAGAGCCAUCCGAGCAAGCAGUCGUUAAUCCAGUAUCGAGACCUUUGACCCUCAAUCUCCAGCGAUCAACCAACCCUGAUAACGAUAGGACGCCCUCACCUCGUUCACCUGGUUUGUCUAGACAGCCAGCAGUAGGCUACUUCUCUCAUACCGACACAGCCUCAUCAGUAGAGGAUGAUUCCAGACAAAACAGCGUCGAAGGAACAUCCUUUCUGGAUGACUUACGAGAGACAGCUUUCGGAAAUCCAAGUGACGACAAACUAGAUUCUGAUCAGGAGGAAGAGUCCGACGGAGACGAUGUGUCCCUCGUUGCGUCUUCACAGGAAGACGAAGGAAGCUUGACUCCUGUCCUCGAAACUUCUCCUUUGAACUUUGACCUUGGAGUGGUUGAACAGUCGAAUUCACUCUCAACAACGCCAACAAAUGAAAGCAAGAAAUUUCCAAAAGGACCGGAGUUCACCGAGGAGCUGUUCCUUAGCGCGCCGACCGGUGAGGGCUACGGGGACAACGCGGUGUUGAUGCGGUGCAAGGUCGAGGCUUGGCCACCCGCUCAUGUCAGCUGGUUCUACAAAGACGAGCCUCUUGGGGAUGGUGAUGAAGCCGUGGACCCGGAUCGAGUGGAGCUGAAUUCAGAUCAGGUGCAGGGAGUCUACACGCUCUUGUUGAAAGAGGUUGAGAGCUUCGAUACUGGGGUCUACACAUGUAAAGCUAGCAACACCAUCGGCGAGGCAACAAGUGCAGCCGAAUUGAUCGUUCAAGAAUCGGCGUCAGAUUCGGAAUACGAAACUGCUCGUUCCUAUUUUACAUCUGGGGAUGAAAUAGUGGAUCAUCUCGGCGAGACGUGGUUGUCAAGAGGAAUUACAGAAGCGAACACAGUCCCUAAGAGGACUGUGAAGAUUACAACACACGGAGCCACUGCACCGCGCUUCACCUUCAAGCCCCAAAGUCGAGUAGUUGAAAUCGGCCAAACAGCGAAACUUAUUUGUGGCGUGAAAGGAUCGCCCAAGCCGCACGUGAGUUGGUUCAGUCAGGGUAUGGAACUCAAAAACGAGGGACGUUACCGCGUCUUUGAGGGUGACGAACCGGGGAACUUUGUGCUUGAAAUCCGUGAGAUCAAACCCACCGAUGCCGGUACCUACACCUGUACGGCUGGGAAUAUAAUAGGGCAAGUCUACUGUUCUACAGAUCUCUCCGUUGAAGAAUUUGGUGAGCCGGAUGUUGAUGUUCAGAUUAUGGCUGACGAAAUGUCAAGCUUGCCAGUCCAAUAUCUCCAGUAUGGACCCAUGGUUGCGAGGGAGGCGGCGGUUGAAUCUCCAACCACCAAAGAGGAGGCGCAACCUGUUAUUCCACAGAAGUUGUUUGCCAUGGAAGGAGAGCCCACACAGCUACAGUGUCCAGUGGCAGGUCAUGAACGGUCAUCUGUUACUUGGUACAAAGACAGGGAAGCCGUAGUUCCUAGUGAUCUCAGAGUCAUCAGCGAGAGUGGCGAUAGUCAUCUUCUGACAUUCCUGAAGACUCAGUUGGAUGACGAGGGGGAGUACACGUGUUGCCUCACCGAGUCACCUCAUACUUUACUCUGCUCCUGUGUCCUAAUUGUCAAAGAAGCAGAGUCUAAAGCAGCUGACACAGACACAUCAACCAGUUCAACCCCUGUACCCUCAGCUGCAUCAGGUAAUGUUAGGUCAUCUUCCAUUGAGAAGGAGACAAGACCUCCCGAUCUGAACCAGGCAAAGGUUGUACACACAGAUAGCCUAGAGGUUAUCAACCCCCUGCGAUUCAGCCCCACUGUGGAUGACAUUGAUGGUAGGAAUGGUGGGAGCAGAAGUCUACAUGGGGUGGGUCACUCUGAAACUGGAAACUCUAGACAUGGCACCGGUGAAGGCCCACCCAUAAAAUGGAGAGAGAAGCUGCCCUAUGCCUCACCGAGAAAACACAAGGAGAGCCGAAAGAACCGUAAGAGCAGUCGUGGUAGCAAGCAUGGCGCUGAAUCCAGCCAACAUCGUACUCACUCAAGGUAUGACUCGUCCGAUUCCGAUUCCUCAAGCGAUAGCUUAGGGAGGUCUUGGAAGGAGAAGACGCCAGUCCGCAAGAGUAAACCUCAGAAGAAGCUGAGAGACUCUUUCUCCUCAGACAAAGAGUUUGACACUGACCUGGAGAGAAUUAUGGCACUGUCAGAUAAGGCCGACGCAUGCUUGAACAUUGUCAACUCUGUCUUAGAGAUGUCUUUGGACAAGGAAGUUGACGAAGCUCUCCAGGAACAAAUCCAAGCCCUGCAGCCUGGUCUACCGGAAUCUGAAGGAAAUGUGCAUCAACCAGACAGCACUGCUGAUGUUAUCGUAGAGAGCGAUACAGACGUUCAUUUUAUCAAACAGAUGGCUGUGCAGACGGUAGUUAAUGCUAUUGCAGAAAAAAUGAUGCGGGAAGCUAACAAUCAAACAGUUGAGCCCAAGUAUGAUAAUGACUUACCACUAGCAAAUGGUUUUGCAGCGGCUCAUCGGACAAACAAAGAACCCUCAGAAGGAGACUUUAAGCCUCCUUCCAAAGAAGACGCACAAGCUUUGGCAGAGAUUAAUUUGGAGGACAUACCUCCUGUCCGUUAUACAACAACUGCAGAAGUAGAAGAAUCCAACCCAUAUGUUGAAAAGGAAGCCGACAGGAGGGGGUUGAAACUGGAUGUUAAUAUCCCUCCUGAACCCGCACAGCUUUUGUCACCUCGGACUUCGUUGUUUCGUGGCCCGGAAGACAAAAUCUUUACCCUGGAUGAAAUCAUCGAUGCUCUCCCAGAAUCUGCUGUGGAUGAGAACCUUCACCAGAGCCAAGGUUCUGCCUCCCCUGUUGACAAAACACAGAAAUUUACAUUUCUAGGGAGCUACCGCCAAGCAGAGCCUAACUUUAUUGACGGGUCUGAGCUGACAGACUCUCCCUUCCAAGAUUCACCCGCUGAAGAGUCACCUCCUGUGGUACUGACUCGACUCAAAGACAUCUUCAUCCUGGAAGGAGACGCCAUGAGACUGGAAGUCCAAGUACAAGGUUUCCCAGUUCCUGAGGUGACUUGGUACAAGGAUGGCACUGAGCUGCAUCCCUGCAAAAAUCUUCAACUGAAGUUUGAUGGAGACGACACCUGGGCUCUGAUCAUAAGGAAUAUAUUGGCUCGUGAGGGUGGAGUGUACACAUGUACUGCUAGGAAUAAGCUGGGAUCAACAUCAACCAGUGCAGUCAUUAAUGUGGCAGGGCUAGCAGAUGGCCCAAAUGUUACAGAUAAACGUAAAAAACAAAGUCUUCACGGGGGAAAUCCCUUCAGCCCCACAGCCUCAAUGUCAUCUUCAUCAGCCCAUGAUGAUGACGUCUUUGUCACCAAGGCUAAUGUCAGGCACAACCUGCCAAAGAUUCUUCUCAGUGUAGAUGAUAGUGCCACUGAUGACAUCACUUUAGGUGACAGCGGGGAUGAGGACUUACAGGAACUUACAACUCACUUGACUGAAAGCAUCCACUUGGACAGAAACUCCAAUUGGGCCGACAACUCGUCGCCAGACAUCAGCAGGUCAAAUUCCAACAACUCUGACAAAGGCACGCCUUUCCGUCUAAACAAACGUAACCGUCCAGACAGUAAUAUAGAGAGUAUUCGCCAUCGGAAAGCUUUCAGGAAGCAUCCUAGCAGGGAUAGCAUGACAUCGACUGAGCCGUGUUCGACAGGUAAUUCAACAUCUGAGAGCGAUACGGAAGGUGCUCCUAAAUUUGUUCAACCCGUGACGACGAGGGAAAUUCUUGAAGGACAAUCUGUGAAAUUGAAUGUGUGUGUGACCGGUGACCCUGAGCCCAGUGUCCGAUGGUUCCAUGAUGGAUCAGAACUCAAGAGCACAGGCCGCAUCAAAUGUUCCCAAGGUACACAUAGCCGUAAUGGUUGUAUAUGGAGGCUGGAAAUCUCUAAUGUCAGGACUAGUGAUGAUGGAAGAUAUGUCUGCAAGGCAGAAAACAGCAUUGGUGUCAAGAGCUGUGGUGCUUUUCUGAUUGUAGAGGCUCUGAAUGCCCAUGAUGGAGGUUCACUUGAGGAGGAUGACAGGAUUGUCUCCCGCCUCCUCAUGGAGCGAGAAGGGGAGCAGAGUCAUGGUGAAUCAUCUCACAUCGAGGAGGAUUUGCUGAAGACAUUCACUGUUGACUCAGACUAUAGUGACUCUGGUGGCAGGAUGUGUGUCAAGAAAGGUGAUCAGGUGGAACUACUAGAUGGGAGAAAUAAAGACAGAUGGCUGGUCAGACACAAGACCAACUCAAAUAUGAUUGGAUACAUCCCGUGCACACUGUUGAAGAGAACUCCUUCCUCAGCCUCUGAAAAAGAAGAGAGGAAGAUUAUCUACAACUUCAUCUCCAAACAGAGUAUUGAGAGACGGCCCAGUAACAGCAUGAAGCAACAUUCACGUGUCAGUAGACACACAUCACUCCAAGAAGGUCAGCUCUCUGAACUGGACGAGGGAAAGAUAAUUGAAGAUUUUCCUGAGCCUGAGGCAGUCCAGUCAUAUGAUCCCUACAUGGCAGUUGCUUCCUAUACUCCAGGGGCAGAACAGAAAGGUUUCAUAUCCAUGACUGAGAACCAAGUCUUUGAGGUCCUGGAUUCCAACAAUGCUCUCAAUUGGCUGGUCCGUGGUGAGAAUGGUGACGUGGGCUGGGUACCGGCUAGCUAUCUGACUCCUUACGUGAGCGGCGGUCACAAUGGCACCAGGCGGGGGUCGAGGAGUUUGUCGGAGGAGCGUGAUGACUUGGAGGCAGAAGAUGGAGAGGAAGGAGACAGAGAGGUUGGGAGUAAGGAGAAGGAAGCCAUGUUGAAAAGAGGAUUUGUAUUGAGGGAACUUCUUGACACAGAACGAGACUAUGUCAAGGAUCUUAAGUAUGUAACAACACACUUCAUUCCUCCUAUUCAACAUCCUAACGUCCCGAUAAUCCUAAAAGGCAAGAAGGACGACAUCUUCUGCAACCUGCAAGAAAUCUAUGACUUCCACAACACUAAAUUCCUUCAUGAGUUGGAAGAGUGUGAAAAUGAUGCCAACAGCAUCGGCAGAGCAUUCAUUAAAUGGCAAUCAUCGUUCAUUGAGCUGCAUGUGAAAUACUGUAAGAACAAACCCAAGGCUGAUGCUGUGCUGACAUCGGCAGCAAAAGCAUUUUUCCUGCAAUACGGCGGUGGUACUGGUCCCGGUGAGCUGGGUCUUGGUGAUUAUCUGAUCAAACCAGUGCAGAGAAUUACAAAGUACCAGUUACUUUUGAAAGAAAUCAUCAAAUAUACAUCCAGAGCUAAAGAGGACUGCCAAGAAUUGGAGUUGGCGCUGAAUGGGAUGAUUGAGGUACCAAAGAGAGCUAACGAUUUGAUGUAUCUGAAUCUGAUUGAAGGAUUCCAGCGUGAUGUGACUGAACUGGGUAAACUUUACCGUCAAGACUGCUUCUCUGCCUGGUCAGGCAAACCCAAGGGACGAGGCAAGGAGAGGCAUCUCUUCCUAUUCAAGGAUAUUCUUCUCUUCACCAAGCCCAAGAAGGAGGUCAAGGGAGAUGUUGUAGGCUACAUCUACAAGAGCCACUUGAUGGUUGGUGCUCUGCAUGUCUCUGAAGAUCAGUCAGAUGAGAGACGGUUUGAACUUUCAUCACAGGGAAGACUGUCACCAACGACAAUCCUGGCCAAGACAAAGUAUGUGAAGGAGGCUUGGGUGAAAUCUCUGCGUGACUUGAUAGCAGAGGUCCCCAGAGAACUUCGUGAAGGAAAGUCCUCCAGCGAAAGACGCUUUGACCACUCACCUAUCAUCCCGCGUAAACGUCGUGCCACUUCCAUGCUCUUAUCCGGAAGCUCCUUGUCCUCAUCUCAGUUGGAACCAGGCUUAAAUGGUAAUUUCAGCAAGUCGACAGAGUCUCUGAUCAGCUUGAUAUCUAGCCCAACUUUACUGAGCAUCCCCCGAUCAGGCAGAGGAAGUAUAGAUAGCAUGACUGGGUCCAUUGACUUUAGCACCUUCACUUCGCUUGUUCCCUCUGUUGGAGCAAUGUAUGAAGUCCUUGAAGACUUGGUAGAUGAUGGUCAUGAGACCAAAGAGAUUCUGAAAGGUGACGUGGUCAAACUGCUGGAGGUCUGCGAGAACAACCUGUUCCACAUCCAGACCAUUCCAACCGAUGAGACCAGCCCAGGGAUGGAAGGCUAUGUGACCCCAGGAUUACUGAAGAAGAUGAGUUUGGCUGACGAGCCUCCAGCUUUUACUGACAAGUUGAAACCUUGCCUGGUCAGCACAGAUGAGUCAGCUGUCCUAACAUGCUCCUUCUCUGGCAAGCCUAUCCCAACAGCUACCUGGUCUCUACCUAGCCAUCUGAAUAGUGGCAAUAAACGUGUAGAGAUUAUGAGCGCCGAGAACAACUCAACGCUCACCCUGCACAGGGUGACCAUGUUAGAUGCCGGAGAGUAUACGUGUACAGUUGAGAAUUCUAAUGGAUCUGUCUCCUGCAUGGCCAAACUAGACGUCAGAGAGUCCCAGUCAAGUAUUGUUUCAACAGACCUCAACUUUGGCGAUAUUCAUGACAUCUCACGGGCACGUUCCUCUAGCCCCCUCACAACCCACUCGCUAUCCGUUGAAGAGCCAUCUAUGGUCCGUUCCACCUCCUUGGAGAACCUGAAGACUCUGGAUGAAGACUUUGAUGUUCUUCCCGGGGAAAUAGUCCGCGCCUCUUCCGUUUCUGGACGUGGAAUGCUGAACAGCAGCAAGAAGUCAGGCAAGGAUAAGAUUGGAAGUUUCCGGAAGCACAUCAAGAAGGCUUUCAGCACGGCAGGAAUGGAGAAGGAUAAGAUCUUUGCCAACUUACAGAGAUCACAGAGUGGGAGCAGUCUACAAAAAAGUAAACAUCAACAGAGAUCGACGACGUGCAUCCACUGCAAAGCACUGAGAGAUGAUGCAGGGGAAGAUGGACUGACAGUGUGCGAGAUGUGUGCUCAGAGAGCAAUGGCCAGUAGUCAAGAAACUCUGAUGGAAGAAGAAGAAGACGCAGUCAUCAAAUAGCCCCAGUGUUCACCCAGGAGAUGGCUGACGUUUCUGAGAUCGAGAAAAGCGCUGCCGCCUUUGUUGUCAAGAUCACCGGAGAGAAGCCCAUCACAGUCAAGUGGAGUGACGAGGAUGGACCACUCGAUAUUGACGGUGUAAUAAUCUGUUCAGAGGAGGAUGAAGACGAAGGCAUGUACAUGUUGUCCAUCACCGAAGUCGAUUUUGAGAAGCACUCUGGUUUAUAUAGGUGUGAAGCAACAAACAAACAUGGCACAACGAUUUCCGAAGCCACUCUAUACGUAGAGGAAAUGCCAGAGACUGCCAAGACCCUUGUCGACAAGGUUGAACACAAGGUUGAGUAAAAUAAAUCAGCCGAUUUAUUUCUAGAGAUUUCCCCUGUUAGUAGGACAGCCCCUCAAAUGAACCCCAAUCAGGACAAUUGGACUGGAAGAAUUCUCCAUUUGAACGAACUGGACUCAGAACUUUGCAUCUUCGGUUGGCUGCAAAGACAACUGUCAUGAGACAGUAUCCAAGUGGUACUGGGCAGGUCUUUGUGAAGCCAGUGUGCAUCAAGGCCGUGAACUUUUUUCCACACUCUACCAGCUAACUCCAAGCAAAUUAACGUUGUCAGUUGAGGACUGUAAUGUUACCAAAGUAGACAUAUCUGUAGGCUGAAAACACAGACUCUUAGUAAUCUUUCAACACAUUUCAAGAUUCAGGUUUCAAGAUUUGUUCUACAUCAUGAUAAAGUCAUCCUUUUCUUCUGAAUUUGUGCCUCUCUAAGAUCCCUGUUAGUUCCUAAUUUAUGACAUGAUUUAAAAGCCAGUUUUUACUCUGCCUAAUUACUGUAAUGCAGACCCCUCAGUGAUCAAUACUCAGAUGUUCCUGUUCACCUAGAUAAUUUUUGCUUACCACAUUUUAUGGAAUUUACUUACGGGAACCUUACAAGGUCUGUCUUACCAGAGUAAGAACAAUGGAGCUAAAUAACUUCCCGCAUACAAGAAACUUUACUUGAAUCAUGUUUGAUUAGAAAAAAAUAAUCAAUAUUUUAGGGUCCAUUUAAACAUAGUAAAAGCUUAGAAAUUUUUUUUUUUUAAAUUUGAAAUCAACUUGUCUAUUGUGUCCAAUGAUGAGCUAAAUCACACAUUCAUUACCAGUGCUGUCUGGAUGUGAUUUAUUGGCUCUUUGUUCAACCUUUUCCCGUCAGUUGUUUCAUCAUUAGUUCUGUUCAGUUCAUCCCGGGUUGAGCACCAUUGUUGUUUCACCAAUUGGACUCUCUGUACACUCCCAUCACCAGCCACACCCUGGUAUUGCCCCCCUCCACUGCCCUCCCCCCCUCCUCUACCCACUUGUCUGUCUCUGGAUAUGAAUGAUAAUGGCAUCUCAUCAAGUGCCUUAUUUACAGUGAGCUGCUACAUGAUUUUGUACCACGUCCUAGAAAUCAUUAAAUCACUCAGUCAAUCCAAAGAACAUUAGGUGGGUUAAACAAGUAGAAAACUGCCUUUGCUUCGUAGCUAUGUGUGCUGUGUACAAAGUUUAUAUUAAUAUUUAUUCAAUGUAAACAAAUACAAAUAUGAAAAAUGUAAAAGGAAAAAAAGGCUGCCUCAUGAAGUAGAUAAGAUUGUUACAUGUUACCGUUUGUCUGAAUUGGAUAACAUUUAUGCAUUUUAUUUCAUUAGUAAGUAAAAUAUUUGUAGUGUUACAAUACAAAAGCAUAGAACAGUUUGAAUAAGUGCUUGCUAGAUUAGCUGUUUAGAUCAGUGACAUGUAGGCUGUGAGGAAUAUAUGGAGAUUAUUCAGCCCUAGGUAACAUAUCAAUUGUAUGAGUAGCCUAUUUGUACACGUUAUAUGUAUGUAAGUUGGACACUUUUUAUAUCAAAGGCAUAAUUCAGAACUUCAGUAUGCAAUUUUUUAUUCACUCGAAGUUGCUAUUCAAGCACACGCAUAUUGUGAGAUUUGAAUUCUUUCAAAGGAAAUCCAAGAUAUUCAGAUUUCAACUGUUGUCAGUACUCCUUGAGCCCAUGCAUAUUGCACUGAAUAUUACACAAGAUCACAGGGAAAUUCUGUAGCUUGUCUUGAGAAGAUUAUUAUAGAAAUAUGAAAGCACCAAGAUGUGUAGGACAUUGCAUUUGUGAAUGCACAGACUUACCUAUGACUUCAUAGUUUGGUGUAGACCUCCCUGCACAAUUUAUUUGAAUGAGGCAAACAGAUGUAACUAUUAAAAGAUAUUUUAGCAUUUCACUUCAUCUUAAAGGACAUGCAGAAGUCUUGAUGAUACUGUCACCUCCCGAUCAAUUCUGAUGUAUUUUACAAAUAUGUUGUUUUAAAUUAUAUAAAUUAUAAUCGAAUUAUUCGAACGAUUUAAAUUUACCAGGCCCCAAUAAAAGACCUGAUGGUUUGCAGAGAAACAUUGUA